CGGGCCAACCAGUGCCCGGCACGUGCCCCGCCCAGCCCGCCAAUCGCAGCUCGGGCAGAGCGUCGUGCGGAGGCCCCGCCCACGCGUCGCCGUCACGUGACAGCGCAGCGGCCCGCGCCGGACCCAGGCUCUGUGAUGUUGUCUCAGAUUUUCAUUCUCUCCUCCAAGGGAGACAGACUCGUCCACAAGGACUUCCGCGGCGAGGCCGGCGGGGGCAGCACGGAUCUGGUGGACACUUUCUAUAGGAAGAUCACAGCCCUGCCCAGGGACCAGGCCCCCGUCUUCAUGGCGCACGAGGGGCUGCACUUCGUCCACGUGCGUCACGCCGGCCUCUACUUCGUGGCCACGACGGGGCACGACGUUUCCCCUUUCACCAUCAUCGAGUUCCUGAACCGGCUGGUGACGCUGGUCCGCGAUUACUGCGGCUCCCUCAGCGAGAAAACCGUCAGCCUCAACUUCGCUCUCAUCUACGAGCUGCUGGACGAGAUGCUGGACUACGGCUACGUGCAGACCACGGCGCCGGAUGUGCUGUGCAACUUCAUCCAGACAGAGCCUGUGCACAGCAAGGGCUUCAGCCUGCUGGCCCUGGGCAGCGUCGGCCUGUUUGGAGCAGAGACGCAGCAAAGCAAAGUGGCUCCGAGCUCAGCCGCCAGCCGCCCUGUGCUGCCCCCCCAUGGGGACCAGGGCGCGAGGAACGAGGUGUUUCUGGACGUGGUGGAGAGGCUGACGGUCGUCAUCGCGGCCAACGGCGCCCCCAUGAAGGCUGACAUCCAGGGAGAAAUCCGCCUCAAGAGCUACUUGCCCAGCUGCUCCGAGCUGCGCAUCGGGCUGACGGAGGAGUUCUGCGUGGGGAAGUCGGAGCUGCGAGGCUACGGCACCGCCGUCCGCGCCGACCAGUGCGCCUUCCACAGCUCCGUGAAGCUGGACGAGUUCGAGAGCAGCCGCAUCCUGAAGGUCAAUCCCAGCCAGGGGGAGCUCCCACUGAUGCAGUACCAGCUGUCAGACGACAUCCCCUCUGCCCUGCCCUUCCAGCUCUUCCCCACCCUGGAGCGGGACCCCACGGGCAGGCUCCGUGUUUACCUCAAGCUCCGCUGUGACCUGGCGCCCAAAAGCCAGGCCCUGAACGUGCGAGUCCAGCUGCCGGUGCCGAAGGGGGUCGUCAGCCUGUCCCAGGAGCUGAGCAGCCCCGAGCAGACCGUGGAGCUGCAGCCCACCCUCAAGGCCAUUCGCUGGGUGAUCCCGCGCGUCCAGGGGGGCUCCCAGCUCUCCGCCCUCUUCAAGCUGGAGGUCCCAGGACUGAGCAGCUCCUCGCUGCUGGAAGUGGGGCCGGCGAACAUGUCCUUCGAGCUGCCCAUGCACACCUGCUCCGGCUUGCAGAUCCGCUUCCUGCGUUUCACGGCCCCCCCAGCUGGGCUGCCCCACCGCUGGGUGCGCUACGUGACCCACAGCGACUCCUACGUCAUCCGCCUCUGAGCCCAGCCCCACCGCUGGGUGUGCUAGGUCAUCCUCAGCAACGGCUCUCAUCCACCUCCCUGGCCUGCAUCCCCUGCCCCACGGCAUUGCGCAGUAACUCCCAGAGCGUCCCCCCUGCGCUGCGCUCUUCCAGGCUAGUCACCUCCCCGCACACAGGACUCUGGCAAUAAACAACUUUAUUUAUGAGUAGAA